AAAACUUUUAAAAUGUUUAAAACCAACCUUUCUCAUUGGAGAAUGAGAUAAUAUCUCUGUGGUGAUUGGCUUAGGAAGCAUGUAAGGCGAAUUUCGCGCCAAAAUGUUUUGACAUCUACGUGUGGGCACAGCCGCACAAUAUUGUUUGUUGUUCGAGUAGUUUUGAUUUUUAUAGACUGAAUUCCAUAUUUUCUGUAUCAUUUGUUUGAAUUGGUGGCUUCAUCAUGAGGUUCAAGUGCAGGAUGAUUGAUAUGGCAGCCAUGCGGGACUUUACAAAUAUAGUCAACACAGUAUCACGAAUGUCGAAAAUGUGCGUGAUACGUUUAACACCUGACGUUCUCUGCUUUAAUAUAGGAGACGAUAGGGUUCCCGUCGUUUGGGCGGAACUUUCGCAAUCCCGUUUUUUCAACGAAUACGCCAUGGGCGGUGCUUCUGACGAUCAGAACGAGAUUUACUUAGAAUCGGACACAAUAAUGCUCGCGAGAAGUGUCGCCUCUCUAAAACAGACUGCAAAAAGCGUAAAAAUCAAAUUGACCAACAAACAACAACCCUGCCUCACUUUUGAAAUUGAAUUGCCCUCUCUGAGUUUGGAUUCCAGACAAUGCGUUCACGACGUGCCCGUUCGAGUCAUUCCACGUCGAGAAUGGUGCGAAUAUCAGGCCCCAAAUGUUCCUGAAUUCGAUAUAUCGAUGGACAUGCCCCAAUUAAAACACGUUCGAAGUAUGGUAGAGCGAAUGAAAAAUAUGAGUCCUCACCUAAUCCUAGAAGCCGACAGAUCAGGAAAACUGGUUCUAAAAGUGGACAACGACAGUGCGAGUAUAGCAACUCACUUCCGGAACCUCAACGUUUGGAACAGUUCCGACAUUGAAGAAGAAGAAAUCACAGCCAGCGUUGACAUAAAAAAAUUCCACACUUUUCUAUCCUGGGACAUUAUCCAUCCAGAUAGUGUCAAGUGCAACAUUCUUCAUGAAAGAACAGUCAAUCUACAUCUAUCUUCGGAAGGAUAUUUGACGAUACACUAUUUUAUGCCAGCGAUCGCUUCCUAAUCCAAUCCAAUCACCAGAAAUUAAUUCUGAGAAAUACUUGGAUAAUAGAAUCAAGAGUAAAAAUACUAGGAUGAAAUCCGAUGAAUGUACAUAAACUGGAAAAUAGGAUACUUUUAUUAAUAUAACAUCAAUUGCGAAACAUA